CAUUGUACUAUAUUUUUCAUUAAAAUACACAAUUAUCGUAAUGGAUUUACACGUUGAUACACAUCUCUUAGGAAAAACUAAAAUUUCUCCAUCGCUUAUUUUAAAAACUGAAAGUAUGGAGGACAAGGCGUCAUUAAAAGAAUUAGAUCAAUGGAUUGAACAACUAAAUGAAUGCAAGCAGUUGACAGAAAAUCAAGUGAAAACCCUAUGCGAUAAGGCGAAAGAGAUCCUAACGAAGGAAUCAAAUGUGCAAGAAGUAAAAUGCCCAGUGACUGUAUGCGGCGACGUGCACGGACAGUUCCACGAUCUGAUGGAGCUGUUCCGCAUCGGCGGCCGAUCGCCCGACACCAACUACCUGUUCAUGGGUGACUACGUGGACCGCGGCUACUACAGCGUCGAGACUGUCACAUUGCUCGUCGCCCUCAAGGUCAGAUAUCGAGAGAGAAUAACAAUCCUCCGCGGUAACCACGAAUCCCGUCAGAUCACUCAAGUGUACGGCUUCUACGACGAGUGCCUCCGCAAAUACGGCAACGCAUCCGUAUGGAAACACUUCACGGACCUGUUCGACUUCCUGCCGCUGACGGCGCUCGUUGAUGGUCAGAUCUUCUGUCUUCACGGCGGCCUCAGCCCCUCCAUCGACACCCUCGACCACAUCCGCGCACUCGACCGCGUGCAGGAGGUGCCGCAUGAGGGACCCAUGUGCGACCUCCUCUGGAGUGACCCCGAUGAUAGAGGUGGAUGGGGUAUAUCUCCGCGUGGCGCGGGCUACACGUUCGGGCAGGACAUCUCGGAGACGUUCAACCACAGCAACGGGCUGACGCUAGUGUCGCGCGCCCACCAGCUCGUCAUGGAGGGCUACAACUGGUGCCACGAUAGGAAUGUCGUCACCAUAUUCUCUGCGCCCAAUUACUGCUACAGAUGUGGUAACCAAGCGGCCAUUAUGGAAUUGGAUGAUGCGCUUAAGUAUUCAUUCCUGCAGUUCGACCCGGCCCCGCGGCGCGGCGAGCCGCACGUGACGCGGCGGACGCCGGAUUACUUCAUGUAGGCAGCGCGCGCUCGCAAUCGGUGGCGCAAUCAUGGGCGAGUGUGAAGGGCGGGGUUCGAGUGCGGGCGGGGCGCUCCGCCGUCCGCUUGCUGCUCCGCCCCCGCCCCGCCCGCACCGUGCCCCCGCCCUGGGCUGACCACGCCCCGCCCCGCCCCCGCCCCUCGCCUCAACACGUUUUAUUCUAAUGAAAAUGUAGUGUUUAUAUCUUAUUUCCUGAAUGAAUUGUUUAUAACAGGUCGCUCGCCUCGCUACUCCACAGCGUAGAACAUGCGUAAAUAUCCUCAAUCGACGUGCAUUCCGUAUCUUUUAUUCUAACUUCCUUAUAUUUUAUAACCUCAAAAUACAGCUUUGAAUAUGUACUGUUUCCUCAUAAAUUUUAAAGAUGAAUAUACUGAAUUAUUUGAAAGCAAUAAUUAUGGACAAAAAAUAUAUGUUUGUAAGAGUUUUUUUCCUUUAAUAACGUAAAUUUAGUGCAAUAUGUUGUAAUCCCUUAUGUAACAAAAUGUUGGUUUAGUGUUUGUAGAGGGGCGUGGCGAGUGCAGGGGCGGGGGCGGGGUUGGGGGCGUGGCGCAGGUUCUUGCCCGUAGCCUAAAUAUUAUGCUGGUAUGUUCAUUGCGCGACCCUACAGUGCGAAGUUUUUCAAAAUAUAUGUUAUAACUUAUGUAUCAAAGACACUAAAGACCUCAUUAAACGGCGUACAUUUGCUAAAACGUUGGUUUUAUUUAACACUCCGGUGAAUGGACAUACCACCAUAGUAUGGUGGGCGGAGGCGCCGCGUGACGCUUCUCUGCGGAAUAUUUCAUAUUAAAAAUGUAGAUCAAAAUUGCUAUAGUCUGUUAGUAUAAUCCCAGUUUGAGAAUCCAGUUUUAUCGACACGGACUUUCUACAACACGCAGCAUACACGAAGAGCUAGCGUCAACCAGAACUCAGUCAUAUUACAAUGGACGCGAAUAAAGUUUAUUUUGAGCUAUAAGAUUCUUUUGAAUUAUAAAAGUUAAAAAUUUUGUAUAUAUAUAUUUUUAUCGGUGUGAAUGUCUUGGCAUGUCACAAAAUAUUUAUGAAGUAAAAUUAUUGCAUUAUGACUUUAGCAAAGAAAAUGGAUCUGAUUCUUGUGUUUGAAAUUAUUUUUUUUAUUGUAUAAUAAAAUCCAUACAACUCUUCGUGUAUUUUCCGUGAUGUGGAAUUAUUUUGAGGCACAAAGUACGGUGACGUCAUCAUACUUUGUAUCGAACAAUAGCCAGCAUUUAGUUUUGUAUCAGAAUGGCUUGAACUAGACUUAGGGCAGACAUACACGAAUUGCUAGGAGCCUUAGCCGAUCAGCAUAACGGUCGCCAUACACGAACGCAGACGUACAAUGUAUGGCACCUUUAGUAAAGUAUUAGAGAAUGAUUUUGUAUUCCGCAUCCGCCAUUCUGUUACAAAAUAUUAAUUUUAGCAUUUCGAGAUUUUUUUUUGUAAUUCUAAAUUAUCCUUUUCUUGUACCUGUAAAACAUGGAAUAAAGUUCACAAGAGUGGAGCUUUUAGUUUUUUUUUUCUAUAUGUAUUUCAUUAUAAUUAUUUUUUAGUUUCAUUUUAUGUAAAUACCUUUAAAUUAGCAAGGCAUAUUAAAUAAUUUUUUUGUUACUUUUUGGUUUUAAGUACGAAUUUUUCUUCCUAAAUUAACAAUAGCUACAACACGUAAUAAAAAGAAAAGAUAUUUUGAAUACAUUAAUUAGCCCUAACAUAAAAAUAAACAUUUGAUAUCGUUACGUUAAAACUUCAAUGUAAAAUGAAAUAUUUUAUUUCAAUUAGUAAGCAUUUAUAAUAGUUUAACCCAUUUGUUUAAAUGGCUUACCAAUUAGAUUCGACGUCAUCUAUUCAUAAUUAAAUUACUAUUUUAGUUUAUAAUCAAAUUAAGAAAUGGGCUUUUUAAUGUAUUUAAAAAUUAUUAAAAAUAAAGAUUUUUACACAAAAGGUGAGGCACGGUUUUCAUUCGCCAAGGAUCGCCAUUAUUUAAUAAACGCUGUAAACAGCUUUGGAACACCAAAAAAAAUGACAAAAUAAUUUAUAGCGGUUUGUCUUUUGUCAGUGCCAUGGUGUUUAUUUCCGGCUUACGAAGAAAUCUUACAUUUCCACGAUUUGCACUUCGAUAAAUAUUAAAAAACGUGUGGGUUUUAAAUACAAAGACUUUUCCCACCAAUGACAUCUGAAGCCACACGUAUCGAUUUAAGUAUUAAAUAAGUUAUAGGUAAAAAAUAAUGAAAAAAAA